CGAGUGUCUUCAAAAUGGAUGCCAUGCUCUGCUGAGGGAAUAGCGGGGGAGAGAAUGUGAUCCUCUCCCUGCCUGUCUUGCAGCUCUCUGCCUUCUACGUGAAUGCACAGCCGCUUUAUUUCAGCCUGAGAAUUUAAGGGCACUUGCAGGUUGGAUUUCUCCAGUGUUUUUGUGGUUGAAGCGAGGAUCAGUCCUCUCUGCAUUGCAGCACUAUGGCUUAGAAAAGCGAGGAGAAGAAAGCCUGUGUUGCACACCAAGCUGAGCACCCAAUCAGGUACCUCCAUGUGGUGCCCAAGCCAAUCGGCAGCUUCCAGAGGAGGUUAAAGAUUGACAAUUGCAGGAGAGAACAGCAAGGAGAGAAGGCCUUCUGGGAAACCUGGACCCAUUUAUUUUUUUUUUUACCUCAUUGCCCAGCAUCCAAUAAUUGAUAAAGAUAGAAGAAUAGGCGGACAGAUCUGUUAGUGAAAAAGUGUGUCAGAUCAGGAAGGAAAAACCGAAAAACAAACUGUAACAGAAGAAAUGGAGAUUUCAACAAGAUCCAAAGAUCCUGGGCCAUCAGAACGGAUGUCCCAAAAACGGAAGAUACCCAGUCCCUCUCACUCUUCCAACGGCCAUUCUUCUACUGAAACCUCACCGUCCCCAGUAAAAAAGAAGAAAAAGCCAGGUGCUGUCAGCAGUAAAGAUCAGUCAGAACUAAGACAUGGUCCAUUUUACUAUGUGAAGCAGCCAGCACUCACCACAGACCCUGUUGAUGUUGUACCGCAGGACGGCAGGAAUGACUUUUACUGCUGGCUGUGCCACCGAGAGGGCCAGGUGCUCUGCUGUGAGCUCUGCCCCAGGGUGUACCACGCCAAGUGUCUCAAACUACCAUCAGAGCCCGAAGGCGAUUGGUUCUGUCCAGAAUGUGAGAAAAUAACAGUUGCAGAGUGCAUUGAAACUCAGAGCAAGGCUAUGAUGAUGUUAACUAUAGAUCAGCUUUCUUAUCUGCUCAAGUUCGCCCUGCAGAAGAUGAAACAGCCAGGUGAUCAUCCCCGCUUGCCAUCUCGCUCCCCACAUGCCGCCUCCACGCAGAGAAAGACUUUUAAUUGGACUGAGCCCUUUCAAAAACCAGUGUCUCUUGAACAGCAUCCUGAUUAUGCAGAGUACAUUUUUCAUCCUAUGGACCUCUGCACACUUGAGAAAAAUAUCAAAAAGAAAAUGUAUGGCUGCACAGAGGCCUUUUUAGCAGACGUCAAGUGGAUUUUGCACAACUGUAUAAUAUACAAUGGAGGCAAUCACAAGCUCACAGCUACAGCAAAAGUAAUUGUAAAGAUCUGUGAACAUGAGAUGAAUGAAAUUGAAGUCUGUCCUGAGUGUUACCUGUCUGCCUGCCAAAAGAGGGACAAUUGGUUCUGUGAGCCUUGUAGCAACCCACACCCUCUAGUGUGGGCUAAACUGAAAGGAUUUCCAUUUUGGCCCGCCAAAGCGCUGCGGGACAAAGAUGGACAGGUGGACGCUCGCUUCUUUGGUCAGCAUGACAGGGCUUGGGUUCCUUUAAACAACUGCUACCUCAUGUCUAAAGAGAUUCCCUUCUCUGUGAAGAAGACUAAAAGCAUCUUCAACAGUGCCAUGCAGGAGAUGGAGGUCUAUGUAGAGAACAUGAGAAAGAAGUUCGGAGUGUUCAAUUACGCCCCUUUUCGGACGUCUUAUACUCCCGAUAAUAACUUCCAAAUGCUUCUUGACCCGUCCAAUCCUUCAUCAAAUCCCAUCAAACCAGAAAAACAGGAGAAGAUUAAGUUGAGCUUUGACAUGACCGUAUCACCCAAGAUCUCGUUGACUAGGACUGUGUUAUCUGGAGCUGGGGGGGCGGGGAACACAGCAGGGCGCCAGCCGCCUGUCAGUGACGUGCCUUGCUCCCCUGUGAGCACCAACUCCUCUGCCCAUACAGGCUCUGACGGUGAACAGGAAGCAGCAGACAAGUCUCAAGCAAAGGCAACAGCCGGCCAAUGCAGCACAGAAGAGGAGUCCAUGGACUGCACGGGGAACUCUCUGGACAGCCCUAAAACGAUGAACUCCCAAGCUCCUGGCAUCACAAAGCAGGAGAGGCCACCACAGACAGGAAGCAUUCUGAACCUUAAUCUAGAUCGAAGUAAAGCAGAAAUGGAUUUGAAGGAGCUCAGUGAAACAGUCCAGCAGAAACAAGGAGCGACAGUAGCUCUCACCUCGCCCAAGAGACAAAUUAAGAGCCGUUUCCAGCUAAACUUAGACAAAACCAUUGAGAGCUGUAAGGCUCAGUUGGGAAUUGAUGAGAUUUCUGUCGAUGCUUACAAAGGAGUUGAGCAUAGUGACUCGGAAGACACUGAUAAAUCUGACUCUAGUGAGAGUGAUUCUGCCAGCGAUGAGGAGCAAAAUACGAAGGGUGACCAGGACACAGCGAACGAUAAGGAGCCCCAGAAAGAACCAACUAAGGUUAAAGUAAAGGACAAGCCUUCUGAAAAUCAAGAGGAGAGUAAAACCGAUUCGCUCCCGUCAAAUGAGCCUGCAGGAGAGGAUUCCAAUGCAGUAACUUCUGAUGCUCCAACUAACAAGAAAACGAGUUCUUUUUUAAAAAAAGAGAGCCAAGAGAAGCCCAAAAUAGCACAAGAGUUGCCUGUUCCCAAAGAGAAGUCUCAGGUGCAACAUGAGACAAACCAUGCCGUUCGGGGGGAGGACUCUGACUCAGAGAGGGAGCUUGUUAUUGACCUAGGAGAGGAGCAGGGUGGCAAGGAGAGGAAGAGGCGCAAAAAAGAAAGCACCAAUAAUAAAGAGUCAGUUAAAACCGAAGGUAAAGUUGUGAAUUCUUUAGCUCAGCCAUCUCAGAACAGCCCAGCUCCUUCUACACCCUCCACUGCAUCCACCCAAUCCCCUAUGGCCAUCUCUGUCACCAUGGUCUCCUUUACUGCUCCCUCCACAACAACAAUUAGCCUAGCGCCCAUGUCCAGCUCUAGCACUACAACGUCAUCUUCCUCCUCACCCACUACCACGCCAGCUUUGAAGAAGCAGCGCCCUCUGCUGCCCAGAGAGACGGUCCCAGUGGUUCAGAGAGCAGUUGUGUGGAAUCCCACAGCAAAGUUUCAGACCUCCUCACAGAAGUGGCACAUGCAGAAGGUGCAGAAUCAGCAGCAAAACCAACAGCCUGCUGCAGCCACACCCAUGCAAGCAUCGUCUCCGAGACAGGGUCAAGCUCAAGUGCAGCAAGCAGCUGGAAAUAGCUCCACUGCCGUCCCUUCAUCCUCAGCACAGCAGUCUUCACAAAGCACACGCUAUCACACCAGACAGGCAGUUAAGGCUGUUCAACAAAAAGACACUCCACUCACCACGUCCUCUUCAGCUGUCACCCUGGUGUCCAGCAGCCCAGCAUCUGUUGCUGUGAUGUCAGCAUCAAGUUUAGGCACAUCUGCAACACCGUCACUGACCACGGACCUGUAUGUCCCCACUACCUCAGCUGAUGUGGCUGCAGACAUUGCCAAGUACACAAAUAAAAUAAUGGAUGCCAUUAAAGGAACAAUGACUGAACUCUACAGUGAUCUCUCUAAGAAUACUUCAGGGAACACAUUAGCAGAAAUAAAACGGUUGAGGAUUGAAAUAGAAAAAUUACAAUGGUUGCAUCAACAAGAGCUGUCGGAAAUGAAGCACAAUCUGGAGCUGACAAUGGCAGAGAUGAGGCAGAGUCUGGAGCAGGAGCGUGAGAGGUUGGUGAACGAGGUGAAGAAACAGAUGGAGGUGGAGAAGCAGCAAGCUACGGAUGAGACAAAAAAGAAGCAGUGGUGCGCCAACUGUAGGAAGGAGGCCAUCUUCUACUGCUGCUGGAACACCAGCUACUGCGAUUAUCCCUGCCAACAAGCCCACUGGCCAGAACACAUGAAGUCCUGCACUCAGUCAGCAACUGCCCCACAGCAAGAACCCGAGACUGAGUCUUCAACAGACCCCCCAAACAAAGGUUUAGGGCAGACUAGUGGUGCCUCAAACCCUCUAAAAGAUACACCUGUGUCUGGGCCUGUGGACAAGGACAGUGACAUGGAGAAGAGCACUGACAGUAUUGCUGUAACUUUGUCAUAGUACACUUGAACAUGUAAACCUACAUAUUCAUUUUUUUAAAUGUAUUUAUAGCUACGUUUUUUUAUGUUCUUAUGAAUUGUUUUGUUAGGCCUGUUUCUUAAUUUACGAUAAUUUGUAUGCAUCAUUUUCUUCUGCAUUGAGACCUUGCAUCCUGUUCCCAAUGUACAGUAUUCUUAAAAAUGCCUGACAUCAGGCAGUAAAAACUGCUAGGGAGCAGUAUGUACACAGAGAUCAAUCAGCAGGAAGAAUGUAAGCAUGCAUGGGUGUCAAAUACACUAACACAGUUCUGUAAAAGUUAUAAAACGAUCAAAAAUAUUAAUGGACCAACUUAAAUGUAGGUUAGAGGAUGUUUAAUGGAAAUAUCUGUAAAUCACUUAUUUUGUAUUAUUUGUUAAGGUAUUUGUUCUUGUAUUGUUGCCUGAUAUUUACUGAAAAGAAAUUAUAAAUUCAAUUUAAACAUUA